ACCGAGUCUCCGGGCCGUCAUCCUCAUCAUCCACCAUACUCGUCGUCCGUCAGAACGUCUCAUCUUGCUCUCUUCGAUAGACUACAUCGAUCCAGGCAUAGAUCUUAUAGCGAUUACAGAACCCGCUACCUCUUACAACCUAAUCGCCAAACGAUCACGACCCACAGACAGGAUACGAUGGGCCCAAACGUAUUGCUCUUCGGUGCCGGGGCUAUCGGCUCGGUCUACGCCGCCAUCCUGGUCCUCUCCAAACGAUGCAAAGUCUACGUGGUCGCUAGGUCGAACUACGAUGUUUUGAAUUCCAAGGGUCUGGACCUGAAAUCUAGCAAGUUUGGGGAUCAUCAGGGCUUAAAGUUCGAUGGAGUGUAUAGGACGUGUGAAGAAGCGGCGAAUUCGGGAAUCAAGUUCGAUUAUGUGUUGUGCAGUAACAAAGCCCUGCUCGACGCCCGCCCUUCUCUCGCCGAGACGAUCCGCCCGGUGAUGAGCGAUGAUACUUCGAUCGUCCUCCUCCAGAACGGAGUAGGGGCCGAAGAACCCCUCCAUGAAGCUUUUCCCGAGAAUUCGGUCAUUUCGGCCGUAGUAUGGACGGGGGCCAAGGUCUUGGAUCAGGGCAAGGUCGAACAGUUCAACAGGGAGGCUCUGACGAUCGGGGUGGAUUGGAAGCAGACGCUCGGGAAGGGGAAUGAGGUGGAACGGGAGAGGUUGGACGGGUUGGUCGAGGUUUUGAAAGCGGGUGGCGGGGAGUGUAACGUGGUCGAUGAUAUCCAGAGCGAGCGGUGGGUCAAGGUGAUCUGGAACGCCUGUUGGAACGCGGUGACCACGGCCACUCAGCUCAGGACGAACCGGUUCCUCGAAGCCUCCCCUUACGCCCUCGAACUGUCUCGAUCGAUCAUGGGCGAGGUCGUCCAGGUCGCCAAGGCCAAGGGGCUCACCGUCCCCGAGGGUACGAUCGACAAGCUCAUCGAUCAGUGUACGUCCGUCAAGGGAGGGUUGCCCAGUUCGAUGUUGUUCGAUUACUUGGCGGGGAGGCCGAUGGAGGUCGAGGUCAUCCUCGGCACACCGCUCAGAGAGGGCAAAAGGUUGGGCCUCGAUUUGCCCUCGUUGACAGCUCUGUACAGCAUCAUCAAGGCUUUGGAUUGGAAAAACUUGCAUCCCGAAGAGGCCAAGAUCUGAAAGAGCCGGAACAUGACAUGAAGUCCAGGUCGGCUCUAUCUGUCCUGCAUCAUGAUCUUGCUUGGGAACUUGUCUGUCCGGUGUUCCAAAGGGCUUGUAGCUGGUCUCCAUUAUUAUAUGUAUACGAACUUCUGUUGUUGAGAGGAUCAAGGCGUCUUGACUUUCGUUAUCGUCAGGGGUGAUAGGAUGUCGGUCAGCUAGGCGAUGGGCAUUGCGCAUCUCUAGAUCUCUAGAGACCGACAGCAGUAUCCUCAGCACCUCUGUAGCGAAGGACGCUUACCCGACCGAGUUGUUCCGGUCGAAGACACAUGGUCAACCUGGGGCUGUUGUCGAUGGCAUUUCCGCU